AUGAUAAGCGUACGCCACCAGGUACGUACUUCACCAACAGCUCCACCACUAGGUAUUCCACCAGCUGGAUCAGCGAUUGCUGAUUCUCUGCCAGCUCUCAAUCUAUCAAGAAUCGAAAAUUACGACCAUUUUGUCGAGGAUCUGGAACACGCUAACGAAGAUUGGAUACACGAGUGCGCCCCAAAAGCAUUCCAACUAUCUAUAGGAUAUCAAUAUAACAGUCCCUUCACUCUGGAUAAAGUGAAACAAUUAUUCAAUGAUGUCUUUCCUUUUUACUACAAUGCAUGGCAAGAUGAAGAAGUUGCUAGAAUACUAUUGCAUCCAGGGAUGGGAGUCCUCAGAUCUCGUAUCUCCCUUGGUAUCGUCCGCGUCACCGAUCUGCGACCUUCACCCAUAGGAGGUCGACAGGAUCGUAGACAUCACUGGGUGGGUAUGAAAUAUCAGCCCCGACGCCCAGUACCAGACUCUCCACCGCCUAAAGCUCGAGCAACAUUCAUACCUCCCCCAAAUAAUCCAUUACCAGUGUCAUUGUAUAGGCUACUGCUUAACGCAGUGACCGGCGUCGAAAGAUCUACACAAGAUCUUGAAUCCUAUGGCGGCUCGUCUUAUUGGGCUAAUUUUGAUACUGCGGAAGGCUUUGCAAUUAAGUCUGUACGACCACAACAACGUGAACAACCUCGAUCACAACAGCCGCAGGACUUCACGGCAGAACAGCUCGAACUGACACUUAUGCUUCAGGCGCAACAAGGACGUGGUAAUAAGAAAACACCUAUGGAAGAUAGGAAAGCGAGGGGAAAGAGGAAGGGAGUGGGAUAG